ACCUAAUUGUUUACAUUUCUUGUUCGCCACAUUUUUGACUAAGCCACGAGAAGAAGCAGUCUAAAGCAGACCUUGUAGUUUUAAACUCUGAAACACCUGCCAAGAUGAGGCUGAAGUACGAAGCACUUCCCUAUAUUGAGAAAUACUUGGUUUUGGAUACAGAUUAUGACAAUUAUGCUAUAACAUGGUCUUGUUUGGAGUUACUACCGAAAAGGAAGUUUAGGGAAAUUUUGACUAUCUUCGCUCGAAAACCCAAGAUAAGCCAAGAGCUCCAGAAAUUCCUGAAUGAUUUUGUAGUAAAAAGGCAUAUAAAUACGAUUCUUUUAACUGGAAUUAAUCAAGACAAUUGUCCUGAAUCAUAGACUGACCACGACAUUUUGUGUUACUUAUUAUUCAGCGUAAUAAGUAUGUUUUCAUGCAGUUCUGUUUCCGAAUCUCAUAUUUAUAUUAAAAAUGCUUUUCCGGAGUUUG